ACAACAUAUCGCGAUAUGGGGGCGCUGGGCUGGGGCGGUAUCACGAUCUAUCGCGAUAUGGGGACGCUGGGCUGGGGCGAUGUCACGACAUAUCGCGAUAUGGGGGCGCUGGGCUGGGGCGACCUUGCGAUAUAUCACGAUAUAUUGUGGUAUGUCACGAUAUAUCGUGAUAUAUCACAGUAUAUGGCGAUGCGUCGUGAUAUAUCGCGGUGUAUCGCGAUAUGUCGCGACACGGCCCCUCCCCCCGCAGAGGGCGGCGCGGAUCCGGCGCUGAACCCCGGCCUGGCGGCGGUGGUGGCGCAGUGCCGGACACUGAACGUCCCCAAGGCCACCAUCGAGGGAGCGCUGCGGUCAGUCAGGGGUCACUCAGCACUGACCGCUGCCCGCUCUCUCCGGCCACAGGAGCGUCCGGCCGGGGGGUCGCAGGUGCUGCUGACCGCUCGGGGCCCGGGGGGGUCACUCGUGCUGCUGGACGUCCGAACCGACAACGUCCGGCGCAGCCAGGCCGAGCUCCGGACACUGCUGGGCCGCCACGGGUCAGUGCUGACCGCUGAGUGACCACUGAGUGACCCCUGAGUGACCGCUGAGU